UCAUCCUAUCGCAAGGAGGUGUAUUUCAAUACUUGCAUCUAAUAGUUAUAUAAGACGAAAAAGAGAUGAAAUAGGACGACCUAAGGAACCGGCAACACUGGAAGAACUAGCAAACACUCUGGAAACCAAUGAGGAAAUGAAAGACGUAGUAAAAAGCAAUUAUAGAGGAAUUGUGCAUCCAGAGGGUGAAAAUGCAGGCUGUGCCUUGCUGUUUGUACAUGAUGACAUGCUGGAAGAAUUCAAUACAGCGAAAAUAAUCGAAAUCGACGAAACUAUGAAGGCAGUUCCAACGACGCCAGAAGGAACGCAAAUUUGGAUCAUCAGUGUCUGAAAGAAUAAUAAGUCAUUCGCAAUCGAUUUUGUUUAUUAUCGAGGUGCUAAAGCGGUAUUGUAUGAAGCAAUUUUAAAGUGGCUUCUGGAACUGGCACCGGGCC